UCAGAUAACGUGACUUGAUUGUCCAGUCAGAAAAGAGGGCCAGUACUCAGGGAAAUGGAGAAUUACGAGCCGGAGGUUAUUCUCACUGAGAAAAUAAAGAAUUAUGCUUCUACGGUGGUAGAUUGUGACGGAUGUGAGGAAAGAUUAAAACAUGAACUGAAAACUAUAUUAGGAAAUGAAAACAAGAAGACGAUCACAUUCGACCUAGUAAAGAAAAUACGUGACUUUCUUAUUACAGAAAAGGAUGAUACAUAUCUCCACACAUUGCUCGACAAAAGUGACCUGCAUCUACCUACAAUCACUCCUCCAACAAGAAAUCCAGAAUUAGAAGCUAGAAUACAAAAACUAAGAAAUGAACAAGCUAACAGAGAAUACAAAGAAAUGACCAGAAACGUGAACUUAUCAGAGAGAUGUAAAACAGAAACUUUCGGUGAAGAAAUAAAAUCGUUAAAUAGACAGAUGAUAGCGGUAUUUAAUUUUAUAGUUACCGUGGGAGCGGGGUUUGCUUUCGGAUAUAAAUCUGUUGAAUAUUCAGUCUGUCAUUCAUUACCAAUGCAAAUGAUGUGUGGUUUAAUAUUUGGAACGCUUGUGUUUUUCGCCGAUCUGUACUUUUUAUUAAAACAUACGGCCUAACACAGCACGUAGAAGAACAAUGAAAUCUAUGGAACUUAUUUCCAAGAUACGGGUUUAGAAGGAAACCUUCACAUGGUGUGACACAUGGGUCAUUUAUUAAUGAUGUUUUUAUUUAUCCAUAUCAUAAUCAUUGUGUAACUGCAUGAAUGGUAUAAAGAAUGGAAGAACUUUUAUUAAACGAAUAAUUAUAAAUGUUAAAUAUGAGGAAACAUUCAUGCCUACAUUCCAUAGAAAAUACAGUAGGCUAUCAUGUUUAUACUGUUUGUAAAUUUUGUUGCUGGAUUUGUGUCGGUAUUUAUUUAUUUUUGGGCUACAUAAGCUAUAAAUGUAUAUACAUUUUUAA